CAGGGAGGGGCGGUCCAACGCCCACAUUAAAGGAGACUACCAGCGUGUCGGUGACGUCAUGCUGAAGAACAUUCAGGGGUUAAAGCAGUUGACGUCCCACCUGCAGCGUCACGGUGAGGUGUUGGUUGAGUUGGAGCGUUCCUGCCGUGCCUCCCAGCGGCUGCAGGAAGUGUGUCGAGAGUUUGAGCAGCAGAAGGUGUGUUACCUGUCCCUGAACAUGUUCCUGCUACGCCCUCUGCAUCGUCUGCUGCACUACAAACUGAUUCUGGAGAGACUCUGCAAACACUACCCCCCCACACACCAAGACUUCAGAGACAGCAGAGCUGCCCUAGCUGAUAUAUCAGAGAUGGUGCUGCAGCUUCAGGGAACCAUGAUGAAGAUGGAGAACAUCCAGAAGCUUCUAGAACUGAAGAAAGAUCUGACAGGCAUCCAGGACCUGGCUAUACCUGGCAGGGAGUUUAUCAGACUGGGCUGUCUCAGUAAGCUCUCAGGGAAAGGACUACAGCAAAGAAUGUUCUUCCUGUUCAGUGAUUCCCUGGUGUACACCAGCAGAGGUAUGACAGCAGACAACCAGUUCAAAGUUCACGGCCAGCUGCCUCUCUACGGCAUGACAAUCAGGGAGAGUGAGGAUGAGUGGGGAGUUCCUCAUUCUUUCACUCUGUUUGGUCAGCUCCAGUCUGUCGUCGUGGCAGCAAGCUGUGUAUCAGAGAUGGUGAAAUGGAUGGAGGACAUCAGGAUGGCUGUAGUCCUGGUAGAACAGAGUAACAGACCUUCUACUGAUCUACUGUCCACCAGUCGAUCAGACCGCAAGUCUCCAGAAGAGAGCGGUGUGGAGGCUGAGUCAGAGGAGGAGCUGAGUGCGUCUCGUAGCUCAUUGGAGCGUCAGUCAGCACAGAGAGGAAACACGACGGUGCAUGUCUGCUGGCACCGCAACACCUCUGUGUCCAUGGUGGACUUUAGUGUGGCUGUGGAGAACCAGUUAUCAGGUAACCUGCUGAGGAAGUUUAAGAACAGUAAUGGAUGGCAGAAACUCUGGGUGGUCUUCACCAACUUCAGCCUGUUCUUCUACAAGUCACAUCAGGAUGACUACCCUCUGGCUAGUCUUAUUGCUAGGCUAUUUAUUAUGGGUUCCCGGGAGACAGAGAACAUCCAGAAGGACUACGUUUUCAAGCUCCACUUUAAGUCUCAUGUGUACUACUUCAGAUCAGAGAGCCAGUACACCUUCCAGAGGUGGAUGGAGGUGAUCCGUAGUGCUACCUGUUAAGCUAGUCGACCCCUCCUGAGCCAGAGGAAGGAUCCUUACUGACCACGGAGCCAGUGAGGACUAGGAGGACACUGACCAACCCUCUUCUAGACGGCUCCUUCCUGUCCUUUAGACCUCUUCUAGACGGCUCCUUCCUGUCCUUUAGGCCUCUUCUAGACGGUUCCUUCCUGUCCUUUAGGCCUCUUCUAGACGGCUCCUUCGUGCCCUGUAGGCCUCUUCUAGACGGCUCCUUCCUGCCCUGUAGGCCUCUUCUAGACGGCUCCUUCCUGCCCUGUAGUCCUCUUCUAGACGGCUCCUUCCUGCCCUGUAGGCCU